AUGGUACGAUAUGAAAAAGAAAAUAGGGUGCAGUUCUGGAAGAGAGAUUCUAAGACGCUAGAGAAUGCUAAAAAUCAUUGUCCAAAGAUUUUUGAAAAGGCAAAUAGGGAUUUGAAAUAUUACAUUAUAAAAUAUUCAUGCAUUCAUGGAGGACAAAAAUUUAGACCAAAUAAAAAUAACAAGUCAAUACGGAAACAUGAAGGAACUUUAAAACAAAAUUGCCCCGCAGAAAUCAAUGUGAAAAUAUCGGAUGAUGGAAAGUCGCUACUGAUUAAAUCUAUGAAUAUUAACCACAAUCAUGAAAUUCCUACAGAAGAAAUAUUUAAACAUUUACCAAAACAAAGAAGACUUUCAGACGAACAUAAAAAAUGUGUUUUGGAAAUGAUGAAACUAAAAAUAAAUAAGAAAUUACUUCAGGCAGACCUAGUUGAAAAAACAGGGAACUCAAUAUUGUUGCGUGACAUAUCAAAUAUUGUUAAAAACAGUCAGGGAAAAGACAACCUGCAAGAAAUUAUCAGCAUUUUAAAAGAAAAAUAUCACUGCUUAAUUGAUCCAAACGAAAGGAAAGGCUUACAUGAACUUGAAAUUAUUCAAGAUUUUCAAGAAGUACUAGAACUUCAAGAGGAAACUGUGCCAGAAAUUAUAUGUGACAUGGAUCAUGAUACUGAAGAUGACAUAUCAUUUAUUAAUAAUAUAACAUUGCCGGUAUAG